AUGUGUGAACGUGGAUCAUUGACUUAUGAAAAUGAAAAUCAAGGGAAUUGUAAAAAUUUUACUGAACACGGUGAGCUCAAGAUCAGACAAGAGAAGAAACGAAAGCCAAAAACACAGAAACGGAUCAAGAUCUGGAAACUGAAAGGGGACAAGAUCAUAGAGUUUCAGGAAAAAGUGAGAGAAAAGCAAGUGCCAGAAACAGAGACAGGGCAAGAAAACUGGCAGUCCAUAAAAAGUGCCAUACUGGAAGCAGCAGAAGAGGUAUGUGGUACCACCAAAGGAAGACGGUACCAAGGAAGGGAGACAUCGUGGUGGACUCCAGAAGUGCAAGAAGCUAUUAGAAGGAAAAAGGUAGCCUUUAAGGCAUGGCAGAGGGAUAGAGAUGAAGACUUGAGAGAGGCAUAUAAAGAGGCCAAGAGGGAAGCUAAAAGAGCGGUGGCCAAGGACAAGGAGGAGGCUUGGAGGGAGUGGUACGAGAAGAUGGAAACCAAGGAGGGAGAGAGGAUAAUAUACAAAGUGGCAAAGCAAAGAGCACAAAGUAGACAGGACGUGGGAGAGGAGUGCCCACCGGUUGAAGGCCCCUUGUCUGAUAUAAACGAGAAGGAAGUAGAAGAAGCAAUGAAGAAAAUGAAGAGCGGGAGGGCAACAGGGUGCCCUGGACUACCAGUGGACCUGCUAGAACACCUAGGCAAGGAGGGAAUCCAGAUGGUCACGUCACUCCUUCAGAGAAGGAAAGGGGACCCAGUGGACUGCGGGAACUUCAGGGGCAUCAAGCUCUUAGAACAUGUUAUGAAGAUACUGGAGAAGGUAAUAGAGGGAAGGAUACGUGGACUGGUAUCGGUAAACGAUAUUCAGUUUGGCUUUGGCCCAGGUAGGGGAACGAUGGACGCUGCCUUUAUCAUAAUACAACAGCAGGACAAGCAUCUCGAAGUGAACAGGGACUUAUAUUACACUUUCAUGAACCUGGAGAAGGCGUACGACCGGAUACCUAGAGACCUGGUGUACUUGCCUCAGACAGCAAAAAGUCCCAGAGAAACUGAUAAGGAUGGCCUGCCAUGGGAGCUAUUGUUUGCAGACGACUUAGUAGUAGUGACAGACAGUGAGGAAGAGCUGCAGAGAAGAUGUCUGAGGAGGCAGAUUGGAAUGGAGAGCAAGGGUUUGAAGGUAAGCACAAAGAAGACUGAAGUUAUGGCAAGUAGCAGGAGGGAUGUGGAAGUGAACAUCAAAGACAAGAACAACGCUAGGCUCAAGCAGGUCCAGGAGUUCAAAUACCUGGAGUAA